AUGGGGAUUUCUAUCGCUGCAAAAUAUGAUAUGUUACACAAAGAAAAAUCAACAAAACGAGCAGAACCAACAAAACGAGCAGAACCAACAAAACGAGCAGAACCAACAAAACGAGCAGAACCAACAAAAAGAACUGAACCAACAAAAAGAACUGAACCAACAAAAUCAGAACGAACAGGACCAACAGAAUGA